AACCGCUGAAGGUCCCCAAAACUGGGGCAUUGUCAGUUGCUGGACUGUUGAGGUACCUUCAUACCAUCAAUAAACCCACAUUUUCCAAUAAAAAAUCAUGACAAUUCCUCCCAAUGACGUAAGCGGAGUGUCAAGAGAAGUGGUACACUGUACAGUGUGGGGGGAAAACAGUCUGCGGAUGGCCUCGAGGGGGGAACCUCUCGCAACUAUACUACGUACAGUUCUCUACUCUUGUAAUAAACCGUAGUUGGCCUUUCUUUACCUUCACAAGUCCCAAAAAAACAAUAUCCAAGAGACAUUCGUACAAUGCUGGGGAGAUCGAGGUUUGGGUCAAGUCGUGGGUACAGUUUCAACACCUCGAAACACCCAUUCGGGAAGAGACACCGGAACUGGCUAUUUCUGAAUCGGCGAAAGUCAAGGCACCAUCGUCACGAGAGAAAUCGUUCGGUGGAAGAGGGCAGUGUAAUCAUGACAAGGGACUCACCACCUAUCGAGUCAAUCUCGGCAAUUCACGACGCAUCCGAUGCCGAACGUCCUGGACAUCUGGAGAUUUCAACAACUUCGAGUAAAUCCAGGGAUGAGGAUGCGACUGAUGCCAUCGAAAUCCAAACUAAGGAGCCUACAAAGAACGGUCACAAUGGGGUUAAUCACAAAUUGAAGAAUCAUUAUCAUGAGGAAAAGGACAAUGACUGUUGUGUUAAGUGUGUAUACUUUGCUCAACAAUGUUGCGAGUGUGUGAUAGUCUGAGUGAUUGGAUUAUUUUUGAUUCCUGGGAAAUUUAAUCGACUACGUUUUAUAAAGAUAUACAGCGAGUAUUUUUUUAGAAUGAGUUAUCUAUUUAUUUGUAAUGGAGGUAUGACGAUUGGGAGAUUCGUGAAUUUUUGGCGAAUGAGGUUAGCGUCGGUGGUUUGGCGGGAGGGGGACAAUGCCAGCGACAUACUGCGAACUGGGGCCGGGAAGUGGCGCCGCUCAGUGUCAACUGCCUCGUCUCCCGCCGAUUUUUUGUUGGCAAUGGUCAGAUGAAUGUAGAGAUACAUAAUUAAUGUGUAAUUAGAGACCACAUAUUUUUAGGAAACAAUAAA